UGCUUUAUGUGUUACAAAUCUAAAAAAGGAAAUGUAAAUUAAUAAAUAAUCUAUAAAAUUAAUAUUCCGAUUAUAUUCACUUAUUGCUCAUUUAUAUAACCAGAUUUUUUUUUAACUAAGCAUUUUGAACUUUAAAUCAGUUUGACUUUAGGAAUAAAAUAAGAACUAAUUUUUAUUACCAAAACUUAAAAUGAAAUUCAAUAUAAUUCUAUUUAGUUUAGUAGGUUGUUUCAAUUAUGCAGUCGGUAGUGGAAGUAGCUCAGCAGUAACCAAUAUUGAAAAAACAAAAACACCACUUUACCACAACUUAAUAAAAGAUUUGAAGAAAAUAAAUAGUAAUACUAUAGACAAGGUAAUGGAAAAUUUGAUCAGAGCUAGUCUAUCACAAAAAUCGGCUUAUAGUUUAUCAGCAAAAUUGCAAAACGCAUUAAAUGAAGAUUUUAUUAUAAAUGAUACAGAAUGGUAUGAUUUGAUUUCGACAUCAAUCGAUAAUGAUAGACAUAAAGCAAUAGUUUCCAAAUUAUUAAAUGAUAAUUGUUUAGGAAAUAUAACUACAUGCUUUAUAAAAGCUGGUCUAUCAAAAGAUUCGAUUGAUAUUAUAUUAAAUGAAUUUCACGGAAAAAGUGAAAAUACCAAUUUAAAUGAAUUAUUACAAAGAAUCGAAGCAUCAAAUCAAAUAACUUGUUAUGAGGAAGAUUAAAGAAAUUUUAAUUUACUUACUUAAGAUUUUUUAAUAUUAUUUUUUAUUUUUUAAUAAAUAAAUUACUAUUCUUAGUAAAAUAUAAUGUUUGAUUAAAAGGUACUCUAUAGAUAAAUGCUAUAAAACAAUUGUUU